AUGCCUACUCUCUCUUCACUUUUCACCAGCAUCGCCGUAGUGGCGUUGCUUUUCCAACCAGGUGUUCUUGCGAAGAAGACGCCUAAGCGUGCCUGUACAGCACUCGGCGCGAAGUAUCCUGCAAUUUAUGCUGGAGGUCUAUCUGCAACUGUCAUAAUCAAUGGCUUGAAAUCACCACGGGGUUUAGUUUUUGAUACCGCAGGAAAUUUACUGGUUGUGGAACAAGGAGGUGGUGGUGUAAGACAGAUCAAAUUAACUGAUGAUGGGACGACUGUUUGUGUGGCAUCCAGCAAACAGAUUAUCAAUGACGCUACUGUGAGUUAACUUCCAUGAUUUCAUUGUCGAUUUUGCAUCAGAAUUGGUGGACGUUCGAGGGGAGAGUGAUUGCGCUCCCCGGAUGUUCUCUAUGAGUCCUUUUUGAGACACGCAUAUUUCGCUGAUACGAUUCCAGCUCAAUCAUGGAAUCGACCUCUCGGCUGACGGAAAGUUGCUUUUCGUGUCGAGCGUCUCCACCGUGUUCCAAUAUAACUACGAUCCAGUAACCGGCGCAACAGGAAAGAAAACUAUUAUCACUGGUAUGCAGCAGAGUGGCCAUGUAACUCGAACACUCUUAGUUUCCAAAAAAAUUCCAGAAUUACUCCUCGUUGCACGCGGAUCAAGUGGAAACGUGGAUGCUGGAGCCAAGGACAAAACUACAGGAAGGAGCCAGAUUCGGUACUUUAACAUCACAUUAGCGAAUCAGGCAGCAAUUCCACAGGCAACAGGGGGUAAGCUUCUUGGAUGGGGGUUGAGAAACCCUGUUGGGAUAGCAGAGAAUCCUGUAACUGGCGAUAUCGUGAGUAUCAUCACAAUAAGGAUGGGGAGCUAAGAAGCGGAUGCUAACUGUAUGUCAUAGUGGUCUAUCGACCAAGGAGAGGACGAUAUCAGACGCAACGGAAACGAUGUCCACAUCAACAACCCAGGCGAAAAGUUGAACUUCCACGGCAAACUUGAUGAUCCAGCAAAUACCUUGUUAGGAGCAAACUACGGCUACCCAGAAUGUGUCCCUGCUUACGAACCAAGUUCAAUUGGGAUCACAGGCCUCAAAGUUGGCGAAAUGUUCUGGGUUGAGGGCACUUCUCAGACCGCGGCACAAGACGCGACCUGCAAAUCUCGAAUUGCCCCUCGACUGGUAUUCCCGGCACAUAAUUCGCCUAUUGAUAUCAAGUUUAGAAAAAAUGCCAGUGCAGCUUAUCUUAGCUGGCACGGAAGUUGGUAAGCUGAGUCUUUCUUUUUGAGGAAAUGGCACAUGUUUAUAUGACAAUAGGGACCGCAACCCACCAGAUGGGUAUCGUUUAGACCGUGUAGACUUUGUGAAUGGAGACCCAAAGGAGCUCUCGACAAGUACUGCUGGAGGCGUUCAUGUCAUGUCGAAUCCAAAUGGUGCAAGCUGUCCAAACAGCUGCUUCCGUCCUGCGGGUCUCGCAUGGGAUUCCAAGGACAGACUUUUCAUGUCGAGUGAUACCACUGGGGAGAUUUUUAUUUUCAAAGGAGCCUAGGACUUUGGUUAUAAGGUUGGACAAUAGAGUCACAGAAAGUUGAGCUGUUGAUUAGUUGGACUUGCAAGGGUCAGAUGAGGCCAAUAUGGAACAGUUUACGGAGUUUGACGUUUUACGAUUGACAAGUUUGAAAUGCAAAGUAACUCGACAAAGAAUGGGUCGGUUAUCUCC